AUCCAGCCCCUGACCAGUUGCCAGGGGACUUGCCCAGACUGGUACCCCAGGCAUUGACACACGCAGGUAAAACUCAGACCUGUCCCAACCUGAACAGAUUUCCCUCUAGGUAAAUAACCGAGCAGGCUUUCAUAGAAUCCUCUUCCUCCUCUGCUUCCUCCUUCUCCUCCUCCUCCCGCAGAGCUGGUUGGUGAGAGGGGGGUCUGUCCUGCUCCAUCACCACAUUUGGGGACACUGUCCCCCACCAAUGCUGGGUCAGGGAAAGGUUCAGGGUUGGUGCUGUUGACAGUGUCUGGAGGGUCCCACCAAAUCCAGCUCCGUGGGGCAUUGGGAUCCACCUGCUAAGGGCACAGCAGAACCCCAGGCACAGGGAGUGGUGCAAGCCAAAGCCGAGAAUUACAAAAAUUACAAACCAAGAGGACAAAAUCCGCCUGGGGUGCUGCAGCGGCUCUAUAAACGCAGCCCGAGCGCGGCUGGCACGGGCUGUCCCCGAGCGGUGCCGCUGCCGAGGAUGUGGCUGUACGUGGUGGCUUCGCUGCUGGGGCUGUUCCUGCUGCGGCGCUGGCACCGGGAGCGGCAGACGGUGCCGCGGCUCUCGGAGAAGCACGUGCUGAUCACAGGAUGCGACAGCGGCUUCGGGUCGCUGCUGGCGCGGCAGCUGGACGCGCGCGGGCUGCGGGUGCUCGCCGCCUGCCUGACCGAGGCCGGCGCCGCGCAGCUGCGGGCGGCCACCUCCAACCGGCUGCAGACCGUCCUGCUGGACGUCACCUCCAGCAAGAGCAUCGCCGAUGUCACCGCCUGGGUCCGCGAGCGUGUGGGUGAUCAAGGGCUCUGGGGGCUGGUGAACAACGCGGGGAUCCUCAUCCCCACGGCCCCGAACGAGUGGCUGAGCAAGGAGGACUUUGUCAAGGUGCUGAAUGUCAACCUGGUGGGGCUGGUGGAGGUGACGCUGAGCCUGCUGCCGCUGCUGCGGCGGGCGCGGGGCCGCGUGGUCAAUGUGGCCAGCGUGAUGGGCCGCGUGUCCUGCUUCGGAGGCGGCUACUGCAUCUCCAAGUACGGCGUGGAAGCUUUCUCUGACAGCCUCAGGCGGGAGCUGCGUCCCUUCGGGGUGCGGGUCUCCAUCAUCGAACCUGGAGGGUUCCAGACGGGAAUUAUCGACCCCGCACCGCUGGUGAAGGGCUUCGUUGGCCUCUGGGAGCGGCUCCCGGCAGAAGCCCAGGCAGCCUACGGCCGCCACUACGUGGACAAAUACGCCAGGAUCACCACCCUGCUGCAGCGCCUGAGCAGCUCCCGCCUGUCGCAUGUCACCGAUGCCAUGACACACGCGCUGCUGUCCCGCUGCCCCCGCAGCCGCUACGCCGCGGGCUGGGACGCCCGGCUCGUCUUCGUGCCCCUCAGCUACUGCCCGGCCUGGCUGUCUGACACCAUCAUCGGCCUCUUCCUGCCCGUCCCGGCCGGCGGGAUCCCCUGACCACGGGGCGUCUCACGCCCUUGAGAAUGUGCUCAAUAAAAGCAAUGCUGGGGCGAUGCUGGGACUCGGA